AUGCCUCCAAAAGCUCGUGGUAAAAAGGGGGAAAAGAAUGCUGAGAAGAGCACAGCGUUACCUGGCGAGAAGAAGAAGCAUUCGAAGAAACGAAAAGAAAGCUAUGGCACAUACAUUUAUAAAGUCCUUAAACAAGUUCACCCAGACACGGGGAUUUCAUCCAAAGCAAUGAGUAUUAUGAACUCUUUUGUGAAUGACAUUUUCGAGAGAAUAGCACAAGAAGCAUCUCGUCUGGCGCACUACAACAAAAAGUCGACGAUUUCUUCGCGGGAAAUACAAACAGCUGUUCGACUGCUUCUGCCAGGUGAGCUUGCAAAGCACGCGGUAAGCGAGGGAACGAAAGCCGUUACCAAAUAUACAAGUAGCAAGUGA